UUUAGAAGAGAACCAGUUAAUCAGCUUGAGACGAGCAAGAUGGCGGUGUGAGUGGGUUGCGCUUUGGGGAAAAAAGUAGCGACUACUUUUCUUUAAUAUUACAACAGAUAAGGCGGAUUCGUUUAUGUAUGCGUUUCACUGUGAGAUAAGUUUAAACAAAGUCUAAAAUCGCCCCUCUAUUUGAGGUGGUUUAGAGAAAGCGUCGAACGCAGGGCUGGACGGAUAUAUACCGUAAGAGGUUAGCGAGAUUGUUUUAACAACACUUUUUGGAAAGCUGAUCCGUAAACUGCACAGAUUUCUAGGAAUACACUUCAGGGCGAUCACCUAUAGAUGACUAAUUAUGAAAUAUUCUUCUUCGUGAGUGUCCAGGGACGAGAGACAGACAGCAGGGUUCUAGUUUAACUAGCGAGUAUUCUUCAACCUGAUUCAGACCAGAACCGAAAGAUAGAUAGCUACCAACAGAUUAAACAAACGUCGUCGUUUUUACAACGAUCGAGUAGUUUCUAGGAAUCACAAAAAGUCAUGGCUAGUAGCAGCGGUUCUAAAGCCGAAUUUAUAGUCGGGGGAAAAUACAAGCUUGUCCGGAAAAUUGGAUCUGGAUCAUUUGGUGACAUAUACUUGGCAAUCAACAUUACAAAUGGAGAGGAGGUCGCUGUAAAACUGGAGUCACAGAAAGCCAGACACCCUCAGCUUCUGUACGAAAGCAAGCUGUAUAAAAUCCUUCAAGGGGGAGUUGGAAUUCCACACAUCAGGUGGUAUGGCCAAGAAAAAGACUAUAAUGUCCUGGUGAUGGAUCUUCUGGGCCCCAGUCUAGAGGACCUCUUUAACUUCUGUUCCCGCAGAUUCACAAUGAAAACGGUUCUUAUGCUCGCAGAUCAGAUGAUCAGCAGAAUCGAGUAUGUACACACAAAAAAUUUCAUACACAGAGAUAUCAAGCCAGACAACUUUUUAAUGGGCAUUGGCCGUCACUGUAAUAAGUGUUUAGAAUCUCCAGUGGGGAAGAGGAAAAGAAGCUUGGCUGUUAGUUCUUCUCAGGAUCCAUCUUUCUCAGGAUUAAACCAGUUGUUCCUCAUUGACUUUGGUCUGGCCAAGAAAUAUCGAGACAACAGGACACGGCAGCACAUACCCUACAGAGAAGACAAAAACCUCACAGGCACAGCCCGCUAUGCUAGCAUCAAUGCACACUUGGGCAUAGAACAGAGUCGUCGAGAUGACAUGGAAUCUCUAGGCUAUGUGCUGAUGUACUUCAACAGAACCAGCUUGCCCUGGCAGGGACUGAAGGCUGCCACAAAGAAACAGAAAUAUGAGAAGAUUAGUGAGAAAAAGAUGUCAACUCCUGUUGAAGUCUUGUGUAAGGGUUUUCCAGCUGAGUUUGCCAUGUACCUGAAUUAUUGUCGUGGACUACGGUUUGAGGAGGCCCCAGAUUACAUGUACCUGCGUCAGCUGUUCCGCAUUCUUUUCAGGACUCUGAACCACCAGUAUGACUACACGUUUGACUGGACCAUGCUUAAGCAGAAAGCAGCACAACAAGCAGCAUCCACAGGGGGACAGGGGCAACAGGCACAGACCCCCACAGGCAAGCAAACUGACAAACCCAAGAGUAACAUGAAAGGUUUCUAAGCAUUAAGGCAGUUUAAGAAAGAAGAGAAGAGUCUUAGCAGGAUUUGCCUUCAGAUCACAUCCCAGCAUAUAGAAUCAAACUCACCACAUCAGGCAUCGUUUUCCCUCUUAAAAGAAUUAGGUUUAAUAUACUACAUAUGUAAUCAGUAUAUAUAGGUAACAUGUUCUGCAUAUACCUGUAUAUUGGUAUGUAUGUAGUAUAUCAACAAAGAGGGCAGAGUUGGUAUGGAAUUUUGAAGUUGUCAUUUUUUCUAUCUUGUUUCUGUCCCUGCCUUCCAUCACUUUUUCCAGAAUGAUACUUCAGAAAGCAAUUGGAUUUCUGAGGGUGAAACUGUGCAAAACGAAUGUUUGCUGAAGUUUUUUUGUUCAGGAAAUUUUUUUUCAGGAAAACGUUCUUGUCUUACAUCACUGGAUGUCAUGAGCUGAAAUUGUCAGAUUGAGCAGUUUUUCUCCUAAAAUGAAAGCAGUCUUUUUAUAAAAAGAAUCCUGGCUAUUCCUAAGCAGACAUCUAUUGUUUUAAAAGACAAGGAAAGCAUAAGGUUUUGCCUGCUGUGAUGUAGAAGAGCUUCUAAUGUGAAGAUGAAAAAUUCUAGUGACUACUAGAUUUCUCUCUCGAACGCUGCAUUAACAGUUAUUGUACUUGAUAUUCAGAAAUAUAAAAAAAUGAAUAAAAGAAUGAACUCCACAAAAGCAUAUUCAUUAUAAAUUAGACAUCACUUCAGUAAACUUAUGUUAAGUGCUUAGAAGAAUAAUUGUAUGCAUAAAUGAUCUGAGGGUUUUUUUUUCCAUUACAUAAAAACAUAUUGAUAGCCGCAGUGCUUUUUUUUAAUCAGGAAAAUAUUUUGUAGAGCUUUCUUUUGAAUAAAUUGGUUUAGGGAAAAGGUGUUUUUGUUGCUCCUUAAGGUGAUGCUCAUUCUGUUGGAGAACACCCAUGGGAGUAUGAGCAGCAUAUAUAUAUUUUUUUUUUCCUAGUGGUGGUUUUUUUGUGCCGUAUUCCUUUUUUUUUUCCUUUAUUGCAGAAAGUAUAUUGUAGGGUUUCUUUUUGUAUAUGUUUGGGUCCUUUGAGGGAAGAUCAGCUUGAAUUUCUGAUUUUAGCCACAAUGCACCAGUAACAUGGAUUUCAGGGUUGUCCCCCACCCCACGUCCUGCUCCUUUUUUUCUUCACCAACCUCUUUUCCCUUACUCCUGACCAGCUUAAAGUAUUUUACUGCUGGAUGAUCUAUGAAGUGUAACUUAUUCCCUUUUAGCAUGUCAGAAUAAAUGACUUCUGAGAAA